CACAGUCACUUGUUUGCCGUCCGUUGGCGAGGUCGCAACUGGAGUCUCAGUCGCGUGAAUGCGAAAUUUAGAAAACCACACAUAUAAUAGAGCUACUCCAUACCACUGAAAAUGCCAAUAAAUUGUGAAUUUAACUUAUCGCGUGCCGCUGCCAUUUAUUACACAGGCGAGCAAAUUUCGGGAUCACUCACUGUGACAGUCGGAGGGAAAAAACAUUUCAAAUUAGAGGGCGUAAGCAUCACUCUCCAUGGAGUCUCCACUGUUCACUGGCGGGAGUCACUUCGAGGUCAGCCGGAAAUCGAGCACAAUGAUAGUACCGGUAACCUGGACUGCGCCAAAGUGGAUUACAACGGCAGCAUGGUCCACAUAAAUCAAACAAAAAAGUUGACCGAAGCUCUUCGGCUAGAGCCUGGUACUUCUCGAUUGGGUGACUUUAAGUUUCAGUUUCCUGAAAAUCUUCCAGCCACCUGUAGGCUUCCUUUUGGCAAUGUGGAGUAUAUGCUGAAGGUUGUUCUCGAAAGAAGUGGAAAACAUAACAAAUGCUUUCAUCAGCGAUUGGUGAUACGAAAGAGUCUGGAAUUCGACGAUCUCAAGCCCCAAUACAUGGAGAUUUCGAAUAUGGCCCUCAGACUCCCCCGAAGUGUUUUUGUUCCGGGUCAAAGUGUAAGCUAUGGAAUCUAUUCCAAAGAUGGAGUCCACGACUUCCUUACCCGCUUGUGCAAAAAAAUCAGCUACACUAGUCAGCAGCCAAACCCCAAGACCAAGACAGUGACACAAGUUUUGUCCGAGAGUACCGAAUUAAAUGGUAAUCUUCACCUACCUUUGACAGUCCCCAUUAUGAGUCACUCAGAUCCGAUGGAACCUAUACAAAUCAGUUACUAUAUUGAGACAUCCCACUUCUUGAAUGCCCCAAUCAAACUACCCAUUCUCGUGGCCACUGUUGCACCCCCCGUAUAUUCUUCUUUGGAAUCGUCCCGACUUUGCUUCGUAAAUAUGGCUCUUAGCCAUAGCGAUCUGCUUGGGCCAAUUAAUCAGUUUCUGGCCCACAGCUGUUCCCGCGAAAUUGACGCCUUGGCGCUGAGCAAUCAUUGUGAACGCAUCAAGUUGCUCAAAGGCCCAAAGAGAAAACAGUCGUACGUGCGAUUAGCAUUGCAAUACUUUUUUAUGAAAGUACUACCCUGA